AUGGCCAAGCAGAACGUCGUCAUCAUCGGAUCAGGCGUCUUCGGCAUGUCCACUGCUCUGUGGAUGCUGAAGGAGUCCCCGGAGAAGUACAACGUUACCAUUCUCGAGAAGUGCACGACCGUCCCCGCCCCGGACGCGGCGUCGACGGACAUCAACAAGAUUAUCCGCGCGGGCGACUACGCCGACCCCCACCUCGCCAAGCUGUCGGUCGACGCUGUCGAGCACUGGAAGCAGCCCGAAUGGCAGGGAUGCUACCACGAGUCUGGCGUCGUCUGCCUGUCUGGUGACGACCCGGCUGGACGUGCGUUUGUCGACGCCUCAUACGCAAACUGCAAGGCCAUGGGCCUGGAGCCCAACUACGUGCGCACGCCGGCCGAGAUCAAGGGCUGCUGGCCCAAGGGACUCCAGACUGGCGCCUUUGCCCGAAGGGCCGGAUACCACAACACCGUCGGCGGAUGGGGCGAGGCUGCGCGCUCGAUUGAGAUCGGCCUCCAGCGUGUCAAGGACAUGGGAGGCAAGGUCCGCGGCGGCGCCGAGGUUGUCGCCAUCAACCGCUCGGGACGCAAGGUGACGGGCGUCACGCUGAAGAGCGGUGAGGUGAUCCCGGCCGACCUCGUCGUUGUCGCCGCGGGAGCCUGGACUCCGUCCCUCAUGCGGAGCCCUGGCAUCGACAUCCGCAUGCCCGAGUCCGAGGUCAUCGCUACUGGCCAGUGCGUCGCCAUGGUCAAGGUUGAGGGCGAGGAGCUCGCGCUGCACAACAAGGCGCCGGUCGUCUUCAACCUCGACAACGGCUACUACAUCUUCCCGCCGACCAAGGACGGUAUCAUCAAGAUGGCGAUCCACGGCGCGGGCUACACGUCCUGCACGGGCGAGACGUGCGACGACAGCAAGGUCUCCCUCCCCCGCACCAAGCUCACGCCGGGAGCCGAGAACGGCGCCCUCCCUGUCGAGGCAGUCAAGGCGAUGCGCAAGCACCUCGAGGACCACUACCCGUACCUGGCGCGCAAGCCCUUUGUCGAGACGCGCAUGUGCUGGUACUGCGACACGAAGACGGGCGACUGGCUCGUCGACUACCACCCCGACUAUGACAACCUCGUUCUCGCGACGGGUGGAUCGGGCCACGCCUUCAAGUUUGUGCCCAUCAUCGGCCGCGAGGUCAAGUCCAUCAUUGAGGGCACCGCGACCGACGAGUUCAAGAACCGCUUCGCGUUCACCCCCGGCACGGACAAGGGCGCCGAUUUUGCCAUUCAAGGAAACCAGGACUCCAAGCGAGCGAUUGCAAGCGAGGCAUGGAUGAGGUCCUCCCUCCACUCUGCCGCCAGCGUCGGGGGCCAAACGUACGAUAACGAAACGUUUCGCCCGCCGGCAUCGGGUGAAGGAGACUAUCAUGUCAGCGACAACAGCGACGGCAAAGGAGGAGCCGCACGGGUUCUGGACCUGGGUCAAGUUCUGGUGCUCGACGUGGUUCUACUUUGGGUUCCCGUUCAUGUUCUGGAUCCGGCCCAAGUGGACUACGAAGGAGAUGCCCUCGCAGGCGGGCAAGGUGGGCUCGUCUUUCUGACGCAAGCUAACUUCCAGGUCGUGGUGAUCACGGGCGGAAACUCGGGCACGGGCUAUGCGACGGCCAAGGCGUUCUACGAAGCCGGCGCAAAGGUGUACAUCGGGUGUCGCUCCGAGGAGCGUGCGAACACGGCGAUCGAGAACAUCCAGCGCGGCGGCCUGCCCAACCUCUGGGGCAAGUGGGUGUACAAGCCGACAGCGCGCCCCGAGGCAGUCGGCACACUGACGUACCUGCCUCUGGACCUCUCGGACUUUGACAGCAUCGACAACUUUGUGGCGGCAUUCAAGCAGCGCGAGUCGCAGCUCGACAUCCUCUACGCCAACGCGGGCAUCAUGGCCACCGACGAGGGGCAGUACACGAAGCAAGGGCACAGCUUGCAGUUUGGCACGAAUGUGCUCGGCCACCAGCGCCUCAUCAAGCAGCUCAUCCCCACGCUCCAGGCCACGGCGCGCGCGAAGGGCACGCCGUCGCGCCUCAUCGUGCUGUCUUCGCAGGGCCACAUCGCCGCCCCGCCCGGCGGCGUGCACUGGGACAGCCUCCACAAGGGCGGCAAAGUACUGGACAAGUGGGCCGACUACGGGCAGAGCAAGUGGGGCGACCUGGCUCUGUCCCGCUACGUGGCCAAGACGUACGGCCCCGGCACGCGUGGUGGUCAGGACGGCGCGAUCAUCUCGACCGGCAUCCACCCCGGCCUCGUCGCGACCAACCUCGGCACGCACCUCAAUGGAUACAAGGUCAUGCGGUACACGCCCGGGUUCCAGCACGGCAUGCAGGUCGACACGUACACGGGCGCGCUGAACCAGAUCUGGGUCGGACAGCUCGCCGAGCACGACGCGCAGAAUGUCAAUGGCAAGUACGUCUCUUGCUACCAGGUCGUCGCGCCCCAGCGCCCCGAUCUCUAUGAGGACGUCAAGGUCGACCGCGUUUGGGACUGGUGCAAUGCCCAGGACAGGAAGAACCUGUAA